ACCAAAAUUGCUGAGAUAUAAAAGAGUUAAGAGCUUGCUAUUCUUUUUAGGCAUACGUGGUAUUAAACGACGAAAUAAAAGUCCCAAAUUUAUUGCAUAUAUAUAUAUUAUGGUCUCAGCUUCUCGCUCAACCUCACGACCCUUUCCCGGUCACCAUCUCCCUCCUCCUCUUCCUCUGUUCUUCUGGAGACCUGUGCCCCUUCUUCUCUCUCUCUCUGGAAUCUUGUUCUGGGAAGGAGAAGAGCUUGAGAUGGCGGAUUGCAGCAGCAGCAGAGGCGACGGCUGCCGUGCUUCCCCGGAGCUCGAGGAAGCAUCUUUGGUAAAGAGAUACGGAGGACUGGAGCCCAAGAAGAAGCCGCUGAUUUCAAAGGACCACGCACGAGCCUUCUUUGAUUCAGCUGACUGGGCUCUGUGGAAGCAAGGCGCCGGGGCGAAUCAAAGCUCGAAGGUCCCGGUCGAGAUUCUGCGCCCCAAAUUGGAGAGGACGCAGCAUCAGCAGCUACCCCCUCGGAGGCCGUCGUGCACGUCGGGCCGGGAUAGCUAGGCAGAAAAGUAGAUUUGACUUCGACCCAUCGAAAGUCAACGAAUCACCAAAUUAAAGGAAAAGAAAGUCAGCGAAUAAGAAGUUUCUCCGAUUGUUGAUUGGCCAUUUA